UCCGGCAUGGACCCCGCGGUGCCCAAGGCCACGCUGAAGGUGCUGGCGCUGUGCGCGGCGCUGCUGGUGCUGGUGGCGGCGGUGACAGUGGCGGUGGCGGUGUCGCUGUGGCGCUCCGAGGCGCUGGGGCAGCUGCGGGGCUGCCGGGAGCGGGCGGCCAACGAGAGCCGGGAGCUCGGGACCCGCCUGGCCGAGCUCGGGACCCGCCUGGCCGAGCUGGAACGGGACCGGGAGCGGCUGCGGAGCGACGGGGACACGCUGCGCCGGGAGCUGGCACGGGCGCGAGGGGACAGCGGCAGGGACAAUGCCAGCCUCGCGUCCUGCCGGCAGCGCGCGGCCAGGCUGGAGGCCAAUGUCACCGCGCUGGGGGACGAGCUGGUGGCGCUGCGGCGCGAGCGGGCCGAGCUGGCCGGUGACAAAGCGGCGCUGCAAGAGGAGGUGGCGCGGGGCGCGGAGCAGGCGCGGGGGCUGCGGCGGCGGCUGCAGGAGGCGCUGGAGCAGCAGCGGGAGCUGCGGGAGCGCCGGGAGCGCUGCGAGGGGCGACAGCGGGAGCUGCAGGACAGCCUCCGGGACUACGCGGCCGAGCUGGAGGCGCUGCGGCGGCGGGGCCGCGACAGAGGCGGCGGGCGCAGGUGUCCCCAGGGUCACCGGAAGGGCUGAGGCCCCGCAGCCCCCCCGGCCCCCCCAGCGAGCGCCACAGCCCCGGUGUCGCGGUGUCCCCAGCGCUGUCACCUGCGGGGCUGGCCCGGCUCCGGAACAGCCAGUGCAGAGCGGGAGCCGUGGGGGUGGGAGAUGGUCCUGAUCCCAUUGAUCCCAAAUCCAUUGAUCCCCAAUCCAUUGAUCCCUAAUCCCAU